AGGUUCACCCUUUUAUAAGAUCCUUUCCCAGCAUGCUUGUCUGAUUACUGGUUAUUUAAACCUGGCAGAGACAAACAGCAGUUAAUCUUGAGGUGUAUGUUGUAGUGUUCUAUAGGUGAGUGUAAUAAGUAGCAGUGCUUUUCUUCUAAAGGUCCAACACCCUGGUGGUGCUGAUCCAGCACCAUGAUUUGGAUACUUCAUUUCUUGUUUUCACCACUCCCAACACCAGCAUUGAUUGGCCUUGUUACUCUUGGAGCUACAAUUUUUUUAUGGGUGAUAACCAGACCGAAGACCAUUUCACCUCCUAUUGACUUGAACAACCAGUCAAUAGGAAUUCAGGGAGGUGCCCGAAGAAGUACUUUCUUGCCAGAGAACGAGCUGCUUGCUUAUUACUACGAGGAUGCCAAAACUAUGUACGAGGCCUUCCAAAGAGGACUCCAUGUGUCUGAAAAUGGACCAUGUUUGGGGUACAGGAAACCAAAACAGCCAUAUCAGUGGUUGACGUACAAACAGGUGUCAGAUAGAGCUGAAUACCUGGGAUCAGGGCUUUUGUUCAAAGGAUGUAAACCAUCACAAGACCAAUUUAUUGGCAUCUUUGCUCAGAAUAGACCAGAGUGGAUCAUUUCAGAAUAUGCCUGCUACACUUACUCAAUGGUUGCUGUUCCACUCUAUGACACUCUGGGGCCAGACGCCAUUGUAUUUAUUAUUAACAAAGCUGACAUCUCCAUGGUGAUCUGUGACAAACCUGAAAAGGCACUAAUCCUGCUUGAAAACUGUGAGCAAGGGAAGAUUCCAGGUCUGAAGACCAUCAUUCUGAUGGAUCUCUUUGAUGAUGAGCUCAAGGAUAAAGGUGCCAAAGAAGGAGUUGAGAUCCUGUCUUUUCAGGAAGCUGAGGAGCUGGGCAGGAACAAUUUAAGAGAACCUGUUCCUCCUAAACCUGAGGAUCUUAGCGUUGUCUGUUUCACCAGUGGAACAACGGGUGACCCAAAAGGAGCCAUGCUCACACACCAAAAUGUUGUUGCAAAUGCUGCUGCUUUCCUUAAAAGUACUGAGACUACAUUUGACUGCAAGACUUCAGACAUCUCCAUGUCCUAUCUUCCUCUGGCUCACAUGUUUGAGAGAGUAGUACAGACUAUAAUGUACUCCAGUGGCGCAAGAGUUGGUUUCUUCCAAGGAGACAUAAGACUACUAACAGAUGACAUGAAAACCUUGAAGCCAACUAUGUUUCCAACAGUACCAAGAUUGCUCAACAGGAUCUAUGACAAGAUACAAAGUGGUGCACAGAAUCCAUUGAAACGGGUUCUGUUAAACUUUGCAUUAGCCAGAAAACUGGACGAAGUGAAGAAGGGCAUUCUCCGAAAUGACAGCAUCUGGGACAAAAUGAUCUUUAAGAAAGUCCAGGAGACCAUGGGUGGGCAAGUGCGUAUAAUGGUAACAGCAGCUGCCCCCAUAUCUCCCUCUGUCCUGACACUUCUCAGAGGAGCAUUGGGAUGUCAGAUUUUUGAAGCUUAUGGUCAGACAGAAUGCGCAGCUGGCUGCACCUUCACAGUGCCUGGAGAUUGUACAACAGGCCAUGUUGGAUCCCCUCUACCCUGCAAUAUCAUAAAACUAGAAGAUGUGGCUGACAUGAACUACUUCUCUUCCAAUAAUGAAGGAGAGGUCUGCAUUAAAGGAUCAAAUGUCUUCAAAGGUUACUUAAAGGAUCCUGAGAGAACAGCUGAAGCUAUUGACAAGGAUGGCUGGCUUCACACUGGAGACAUUGGGAAAUGGAUGCCAAAUGGAACUCUGAAGAUCAUUGACAGAAAGAAGAACAUCUUUAAGCUAGCACAAGGAGAGUACAUUGCACCAGAGAAGAUCGAAAAUGUCUACAUCAGAAGUGCUCCUGUUGCCCAAGUUUUUGUACAUGGGGAGAGUUUAAAGUCCUCUCUAGUGGGUGUAGUGGUUCCUGACCCUGAGGUACUGCCAAAAUUUGCAGCAAAACUUGGAAUAAAAGAUUCAUCUGAAGAAAUUUACAAAAAUUCAGUAUUGAAAAAAGCUAUUUUAGAAGACAUGGUCAAAGUAGGAAGAGAAGCUGGCCUUAAGUCCUUUGAACAAGUUAAAGACAUCUACAUUCAUCCAGAGAUGUUCACUAUUGAACAGGGACUCCUGACUCCAACCCUGAAGGCAAAGAGAGCAGAACUCUCUAAAUACUUUCAGACCCAACUUGAAGCCCUCUAUGCAAAUAUGCAGGAAUAAUAGGGUGGCGCAUCUAAACACACAUUGAGAUUUCUGUGGAACACCAAAGCACUCCUCAGGACAGUAAGUCACCUACUGAGAACAAGAUUGAAUAGAGGAGCAAGAGGAAUCUUAACAGGAAGAUGAUAAACUUGCCAACUUUAUGCCAUGGCUUGGACUUCAUCACAAUGAUGACAGUAAGCUAUUGCGUUCCAGUUUCCUCAUAUCUGGAAUAGGCACAAGAUUCCAAGUAACAUGGAAGCACUUGCUUUCAGACUGAAGCAUACUGUCUAAAAUAAGUGCUUAGGAAGCAAAUGGGCAGGUUCUACUAACUUUCAUCCUUUGUCAAAAAGUGGUUGUCCCUCCUCCAUGCCCUCCACUUAAACUGUGAAAUUGCCAGUGGCUGCAAGACUGACCUUUCUUAAGCCUGAAAUUUGUGUAUUGUGCUUGAGCUGCCUUCUGGUAACCACUAUGUGAAGCAAUAAAUUUUAAUUGCACAUUCAAAAAA